AUGGACGAUUAUGUUCAAAGAAUGCUCGACAAGUUUUCUGUCAAGUUUAAAGAGGAUGACAAACAGGAAAAACCUGCUGGCAAUAAUUUGCUGGAGUGGUAUGUUGAUGCGUCUUUUGCGGUUCACCCUGACUUCAAGAGUCACACAGGAGGAGUGAUGACCAUGGGUGGUGGAGCUAUUCAGGCUAUGUCCAAGAAACAGAAGCUAAACAGCCGCAGCAGUACACAUGCGGAACUAAUCGGAGUAGAUGAUGCAAUCACACAAGUGUUGUGGACACGCAUGUUCAUGGAAGAAUAG